GCAAAGUACCAAAGGGUGCAGAAAUUGAUUGCUAGUUUACUGCUCAUGAGGACGGUUGGAAGAGGAUAUGUCCAUGCACGACUUCGGUAGUCCAUUCCUGAUCUGUGAUGAAGAAGGAGACUAUUACCAAAGAAAGCAAGAGGCAGAUGAAGAGAAAGAAUAUAAUGAGGAGGAAAAUGAAAGAAAUUAUGCACAGCAUAACAACACCUCGACACCAGAGAUGGGAAAAGCAGGGGAUGUGGAGAACACGAGUGGGAGAAUGACCACAGCAAAGAUGAGCAAAGAUACAGAGGAAAACAUACAGGAGAAGCAUGAAGAAAAGCCAGAGGCGCAAAUAGUGAAGCAAGAGGAAAUUAAUCAGGCAGAAGAGUCAGAACAGAUAGAGGUAAUGGAAGAUAGAGAGAUGUUGUGUUUGAGCAGAAGGAUGGAGGGGAAGAUGAGUGAAGAGACAGACAUUGAGGAGAAAGGAAGGAUUGGGAGUGAAGGGGAGGAGAGAGCGAACGCUGACAUGACCCUAGGUGGUGUCCUGUCUGUGUGUGAGCAGUCCCUAGAGCAAAGCGUCCUGAGUGCAGGCCUGGCAUUUAGACACGUCGCACAACCCCUCCAACCUCCCGAUGCCCAGCCAGAGGCACUUGCUUUGGGGAAGCCCCAGACGGGCAUCCUCAACUCUCAAACACUGGAGGUGAGCACGUUGCUACCCCCAAUGGAGGUACAGCUGACGCAGGUGUACACCACGCGCCAGUACACGCGCUUCACUGGCCACGGCCACCCAGUGCUUCCCCUGACCACGCAAGCACACGCACCUCCUGCUGACCACACCGCACUGCCACCUGUGCCCAAGAAGAAGACACGGACACUGUACUCAGCAGAUCAGCUGCAGGAGUUGGAGCGUUUGUUUCAGGAUGAUCACUAUCCUGAUGGAGAUCGGAGAAGGGAGAUUGCUGCAUCUGUUGGAGUCACACCCCAAAGGAUCAUGGUGUGGUUUCAGAAUCGCCGUGCUAAAUGGCGGAAAACAGGGAAGGGACCACUAAAGACACACAAAACCACCCAGAGAACAUCUUAUUUUUCCGGGACUGUUCCGUCAGUGCUCCCCCAGCCCCCCACCCACACACAGACUCUCCCACCCUACAGCUCCCUCAUUGGUAGCUUGAGCAGCCCCGCAGCAUGCGUUGGACAGGUGUAUGUAUCUCAGGAAGGAGGCCCCCCUCCCAUGCAUAGUCCCCCUCCACUGCGUAGAGCUUCACUGUCUCUCUCUCUCGACCCUAAUCAACAUAUAGUCAACCUGCCUACUGUUGACACAUGGAGCAAUUACACAGACCUGUCGUCAUUGAAGAUGGAUCCACAGCACCAUGUUGUGUUUGUGCCUAUGUCAAACACAAUGCACUAUCCGUCAAAGACACACACUCACACGCAGCCCAUGCAACACACAAACACACUCAAUCAGCAGUACCUCUCCAAUCUCCCAUAUAUAAAUCCCACAUACAUGAACAGCGGCCCGACCCACGCAGGCCACACCCACACCCCUACCCACAUGACAUACAGCCUGCCAACGACCAACAGUCUGGUGCCUGCCUGCUGUCAACAGAAUAAUCAGAUGCAUCAGGUGCCGUCACGUCUGUGUUCCAGUGAGCCGCCCCCACCCCAGCCAGGUGCAUUUCAGGGGCCUGGACGCCUCUCCCUUCACCUGCAACCGCAAUCCCACUACAGCACCUCACCCCUCCCUCACACACACACGCAUGCACACACUCACACAAACACACUCUUCCCCCUCCACACCCCUCUGACCAAAGACAGCAACCCCCUCAGUUCCGUAACCAUGGGAACCCAGCCAGGGCCCUCACAGACCCUGUCCAGCAGGAGAGAGUCCGACGCUCACUCACACUCUGAUAUGCACAGUCACACGCACCCUGACCUACAGAUUCACACACACUCAGACAUGCCGUUCCAUUGUGACUUCUCCCCCCUCAUCCUGUAGCUGUCAAAGGUGUUUCAACAUUGACAGAGAAGCUUGGCACUUGAGUAGCUUGGCACUUGAGUAACACUUUUUGAGAAUGUGUUUUUGUAUAGA